GCCAGAGUGCACGCAGGCCUUGACGCGCGAUCGCACAAGAUCACAGAGCCGCAGAGGGUGAGAGCGCUGCUCACGAGUGGGAAGAAGACCCCGGGACGGGUCUGGGCGCUGUCCGGGGUGGAGCCGAGGGCGGAGCUUCGGGUCGGGCGCGCAGAGCUGGGGCGUGUCCGCGCCGCCGCGAUCUGCGCCGCCCCGCCCUCGGCCCGUUCGCUGCGCUCCCAGCCUCCUCGCCGCAACCCCUGCCGUAGCUGCCGCUGCUCCCGCCGUCACCGCCUCCGAGAACAUGGCUGUGCCUCCCACAUACGCUGAUCUUGGCAAGUCCGCCAGGGAUGUCUUCACCAAGGGCUAUGGCUUUGGCUUAAUAAAACUUGAUUUGAAAACGAAGUCGGAGAAUGGGUUGGAAUUUACCAGCUCAGGCUCUGCCAACACGGAAACUACCAAAGUGAACGGCAGUCUGGAAACCAAGUACAGAUGGACUGAGUAUGGGCUAACAUUUACAGAGAAAUGGAACACAGACAAUACCCUGGGCACUGAGAUCACUGUGGAAGACCAGCUUGCUCGUGGACUGAAGCUGACCUUUGAUUCAUCUUUCUCACCUAACACUGGGAAAAAAAAUGCUAAAAUCAAGACAGGGUACAAGAGGGAGCAUAUCAACCUGGGCUGUGACGUGGACUUUGACAUCGCUGGGCCCUCAAUCCGGGGUGCUCUGGUGCUUGGCUAUGAGGGUUGGCUGGCUGGCUACCAGAUGAAUUUUGAGACCUCGAAGUCCCGAGUGACCCAGAGCAACUUUGCAGUUGGCUAUAAGACGGACGAAUUCCAGCUUCAUACUAAUGUGAAUGACGGGACAGAGUUUGGUGGCUCCAUUUACCAGAAGGUGAACAAGAAGUUGGAGACUGCCGUCAAUCUUGCCUGGACUGCAGGAAACAGUAACACUCGCUUUGGAAUAGCAGCCAAAUAUCAGGUCGACCCUGAUGCCUGCUUUUCGGCCAAAGUGAACAACUCCAGCCUGAUUGGCUUAGGGUACACCCAGACUCUAAAACCAGGUAUCAAACUGACGCUGUCAGCCCUGCUGGAUGGCAAGAACGUCAAUGCGGGCGGCCACAAAGAUGCGACGUCAUCACGCCGGGACGUAGCUGCUUCGGACGCGCACCUAACGUCACCUCGCAGAACCUAG